UAUAAGGCAAAACCUCUCCGUUGCUUCUUUGGGUAGCGCUGCACGCUCACUGAAUAAUUUGGAGGGGAUUUGCUCAUCAUAGCAUCUUCUGCAAGCUUAGGAAAGAUUUGAGGUUCCUCUCCAUCAUUUGCAUCCAUCCAAAUUAAGUCGGCGACAUGGACGACUUGGCCCUGUUCAUGGAAUGGGCCAUGGACUCGCUGGAGCAGGAGCACCCAGACCCAGUGGUGGUCGUUAGUGGCGACUCCGGCGACGCAGCCUUCCCCUCGCUUCAGGCGCUCCGUGAGCAGCGUCUCGUCUUCGAAGAGCUGAUUACGGGAGCCAAUCCGGCAAGCAGCGGGAGCUCCGGCGAAACCACAGACGGCAGCGGAGGCUAUGGUGGCAAUUUCUCGUCCCCGGCGGCCAUGGAGCACGACGUCUGGCCCCUGUCCCCGAACUCGGCCAGGUGCGCUCCGAGGCUUUGCAGGAACGGUGCGGGCACCAGCCUUCCCGUGAUGAGCUGGAAUUUCUCCGCGCUGCCGGCCAGUGACGGUACACUGGACAGCGGCAGCGCCGGACCUGUCGUCCCGGAGACGGGGUCGCAGCCCACGAGGAGGGCCGCCGCAAGGAGCCCCACCGGCACCGGGCCCGUGUCGUCGGGGCCGCCGUACGCGCAGGACCAUAUCAUGGCGGAGCGCAAGCGCCGCGAGAAGAUUAACCAGCGCUUCAUCGAGCUCUCCACCGUCAACCCCGGCCUCAAGAAGAUCCAUAUACGUAUACGAUUGAUUCAGAUGGACAAGGCGACGAUCCUUUCCGACGCGACGAGGCACGUCAAGGAGCUGCAGGAGAAGAUCAAGGCCCUCGAGGCAGCCACCGGCCGCGGCAGCAGGAGCAUCGAGACCGUGGUACUCGUCAAGAAGCCCUGCUACGCCGCCGUUGCAGACGAAAACGGCUCGCCCUCGUCGGCGUCGUCGGGGGCGCCGGCUUCGAGGAACCCACUGCCGGAGAUCGAGGUGCGGUUCUCGGAGACCGGCGUGAUGGUGAGGAUCCUGUGCGCCGCCGCCAAGGGGGUGGUGGUGAGGGUGCUGUCGGAGGUGGAGGAGGGGCUCCACCUCACCGUCACCCACGCCAAUGUCAUGCCCUUCACGGCCUGCACUGUCAUCAUAAUCAUCACGGCCAAGGUGGAUGAUGGCUUCACCGUUACAGCAGAGGAGAUCGUAGGAAGACUCAACUCUGUGGUGGAAUUGCAUAGCAGCUGCACUUCUACCGAAGAAAAAUGAAACAAGAAAAUAUAACAUGUCAUAUGUAUAGUACGGAACAUAUUAUCCUGUAUAAUUAAAUUUGGAAGUGGUGAGAGGGAGUGCAUGCAGGCAUGCAUAUUUCUGA